AUUGACAGAGGGAGGAGGAAGAAAGUACAAGGUCUGAUCUUAUAUGCUGGAAGCCAUAAAGUCAUUCUGUGCUAGACAGAGAUCAGACAGUGGCUGUGCACAGUGUCGCACCAGGAAGGAGAAGGAUCAGGUGCCCUGCGGGCUGACCUUAGUCUUCCAGGACCACUCAGGUGCUUGAGGGUCUCUCCGCCUCUCAGAUGCAAUGGCCUGCUUAUAAGGAGGAUUAAUUACCACAGCUUUCUUCAUAUGGAAUUCAAUCGGUGAUGCUUUUCUCUGAGGCUGCAAGUUUCUGACUUUACUCUGUCUUGUGCAUUAUUAAAAGGGGGGAAAAGUAUAGUUUGCAUAGAUCAGUCAUCCCAAUUGGAUAAAUAACCAAUAUUUAUCUGGAUAAAUUUGUCUUUUGUUGUUGUGGAGAAACUGAGAACCACACCCAUUUAAUUAAAAAACCAGUAGCCCUGUCUAGACUCCGGUAGAGGGACGGACUCUUUCAUUUGCUGGCUCCAAGGAAACAGUAGCUAACUCUCCAAAAAGGAACAGAGCCAGUGGAGGAAGGCAGAGAGGAAUUCAGCAUGAAAUUAGAAGUAAAACUUCAAUGCACGUUGGCCUGCCUGUACCAUAGAGAGUAGGGAGGUUUGGUGAGCUGCAGGGAAGGUGGGCGGCAUCUCAUGCCACAGGGCUCUGGCCUCAGCAGGCACCCAGCAGUGCCAGGUCUGGAAAAGGCCUGCUGGAGGUGAGGGGGCAAUCUCUUCACGUUUUCACUUCCAGAGACCUUUGUCGAGAUGUUUUGCCAUACCUUAAAGCACAAAUUAGGAAACCACAAAGUAUUCCUGAACUAUACUUGGUCAUUUAUUAUGUUGAUCAUCUUGUCCACAAAAUCUUUAAGUGAAAUGAUCAGUUACAUGCAUGAGGAGGUUUACAAAGAUGCUUCUUAAGUGAUUUCAGCUGCCUCGUUUGGUCAAGAUAGUGUGGGUAAUUUCCCUAGCUAGCUACAUUUAAUUUAUAAAAAGCACUGCCGAUUCCUUCCUUCGGAAACCUGUGACCUACAAUCUCUCCGCCCUCCAUCCACCGAGGGGAGGCUUAGUCACCACUUGGUGUUGCAAUGGGUGUGACUCACAGAGGCAAGAGAGAAGUAGAGAAGUCUUCACACAUGCAGGUCUCCGAGCUCCGCAGAAGCCCUGGCACCUUGAGAGGAGCAGUUUGAUCGAGCUGCACUUCCUUCCCCUGGCCACUACAGGAAGGUGACAAUCAGCAGCCAGCAGAGCAAGUCACCCUCAGCUUCUGCACUCCAAGCCAUCUUCAGCGAGGACAUACAGGAAAAAGAAAAUGCUGCUUUGGGUGUUGGCCCUCCUGUUCCUCUGCGCUUUUCUGUGGAAUUAUAAAGGGCAGCUGAAGAUAGCAGACAUCGCUGACAAGUACAUUUUCAUCACUGGAUGUGACUCAGGCUUCGGAAACUUAGCAGCCAGAACUUUUGAUAGAAAAGGCUUCCGUGUCAUUGCUGCCUGCCUGACUGAGUCAGGAUCAGAGGCUUUGAAGGCCAAAACCUCAGAGAGACUUCACACAGUGCUUCUGGAUGUCACCAACCCAGAGAAUGUCAAGGAGACUGCCCAGUGGGUGAAGAGCCACGUAGGAGAAAAAGGUCUCUGGGGUCUGAUCAAUAAUGCUGGUGUUCUUGGCGUACUGGCUCCCACUGACUGGCUGACAGUGGACGACUACAGAGAACCCAUUGAAGUUAACCUGUUUGGACUCAUCAACGUGACGCUGAAUAUGCUUCCACUGGUCAAAAAAGCUCGAGGGCGUGUUAUUAAUGUCUCCAGCAUUGGAGGCCGACUUGCAUUUGGUGGCGGGGGCUAUACUCCAUCCAAGUAUGCAGUGGAAGGUUUCAAUGACAGCUUAAGGCGGGACAUGAAAGCUUUUGGAGUGCACGUCUCAUGCAUUGAACCAGGGCUGUUCAAAACAGGACUGGCAGAUCCAAUAAAGACAACUGAAAAGAAGCUCGCCAUUUGGAAACAUCUGUCUCCAGACAUCAAACAACAAUAUGGAGAGGGCUACAUUGAAAAAAGUCUACACAGACUGAAAAGCAGUACCUCCUCUGUGAACCUGGACCUCUCUCUAGUGGUAGAGUGCAUGGAUCACGCUCUAACAAGUCUCUUCCCCAAGACUCGAUACACUGCUGGAAAGGAUGCCAAGACAUUUUGGAUACCUCUGUCUCACAUGCCGGCAGCUUUACAAGACUUUUUACUGUUGAAAGAGAAAGUAGAGCUGGCCAAUCCCCAAGCUGUGUGACUCAACUCUCCACAAAUGGCUCCCCCCCCCCCCGGCUUCGAGACUGGCUGACUUCAGAGACGUAGUACCUGGAUCUCGUUCUUUACCAGAGCCAACUGAGACUCAGAUAGACCAGGUUUCUGUUUUUAAACGAAGAUAUUCCAUGGUCCCUUCUCAAGUCUUCUUCAGGAAGAAGGACAGGGAGGGCCUAUCACAAAAGCCAGUCUCGCCGGAUACUGACACUUUGCCUGACUGGGAAGAUAGAAGAGAAAUUGAAAGACUUCUCCAUCCAAAAUAGGUGUGCUGCUGCCUGUCCCUUGCUGGUUCAGUAAUCUAGAGUAUUAAGCAUUGUCUCUUAUCAAAAUGUUAAGCAGUAAGAAGUCUUUCAUAAGUGGAUCUGAUGGCUUUGUUAUCUGGCAGAGACUCAGGCUGGGACUCACCACGUUCUGAUAAGUUUGAAUAAGAAUGAGAAAGAGAGAAAAGGUACUAUUAACCAGGGCACUAGUAUUAACUGAGAGGUGGCUAGAAAUGGGGAAGAAAUAGGUAGAAAAAGGGAAGGCUGGGAGACUCCAACCCAAGCCUCAUCCUCCAGAGGGACACAGAGGACACAACUACUACUGUUACUGUGAGGUAACACGGCAUCCGGUCCUAGCCCGAGAGGCUCUUCUCCUCUGGCUUCAUCUAGCUGCAGUCAACCACAUCGCAGGGGAAGUGCACCCGUUCUGUUGGCUACACCUGCUCCUCAUUACAAGGGCCUGGUUCUUGGCUUCAUCUCAUGGCUUCGGACUCUGUGGCUUGCUGGCCUUUGACUUUCCUGAUGUCCCAAGGCUGCCAAGAUUUGCAGAAUCAGAAGGGAACUCCUUCGCUGAUCUUCCUGCCAUGCUAGCCCAAUUGCUUAACUUUCUUAUUCUUCAUUUUGCCUCAUUCUAGGAUGCUCUCCAUCAUUCUUAUCCCUUUAAGUAGCUACGAUUCGCUUACUCUUUCUUCCAAUGAAAAACUAAGUGGUAUGCAGUCUACCAUUAAGACCAAGCUUACCGGCUGCAGUACCCGUGUUAGCAGUGUGCCAGCCGCACUUCCAUUAAGCUUCGAGUACUUCCUUCUUGGCUGUAGUUCUGCCAUCAGUCUCCCCCCAGAGAAGGCUUGCUCAGCAGAACUCGGUGGCUACUCCUCACUUGUUGCUUCAGAGAUCCUGUGAAGGCUGCCACAACAAGUUAUCCUGAGUCCAGGGGCGGGGGGUCACUGGACAGCCCAAGGUCAAGAAUUAAUUACUUGUGGCUGAAUGCAGGGCAUGUGUAAACUGUCCAGGCUACAGAGAGUCUCUUCCAUUUAAAUGAUCUUUAAGACCCUAAAACAUGUGCAGGUAUCUCAGCCUAGUACCUAACGAGGACAAUUCCCAGGGACGCUAAGGAAAAUGUUUGAGUUUUGCCUUUCUACACAGUCUUCAUCACAAUAGUUCUUGGGGGCAUCACAGACUCACUUACUGAUAUGUAGAAAUAGCCAAACAUUGUCAAAAUGAAAAACUCUACUACCUACACGUGAUUUAUGUCAAUUUUAACCUAAGCGAUGGCUUCCUGAAUUCUUGUGUGCCAAAGGAGAUGGUUCUGUUAUACUUUCCAACUAAAGUGUGAUUCCUCUUGUCCUUCCUUUUGUUACGGAGGUUCAAAUCCAGAAUCUCACGCGUGAGCCCGUGCUCUACCACUGAACUACACCACAUCCCAGUUUGUGAUCUGCUUUUCAAGAAAAAUGUUACAGUUUCCAUCUUAGUUUAUGAAGCACUGCACCAGCCAGAGCACGGCUGCAGUCUGUAGUUGGACGAUUUCCGAGCCCUCCCACUUGGGAUGCCUGCCCGAGAAAGAUGCAGAUCCACAACCCCACUCGGUACCUGGAAAUAGGAUAUAACCUGAAAUGGAUCAGGCAAAGACAACGCAACCUUCUGUCAUUUUCUAGUCAGGGCAGCCAGUAACUGCCCUAAACUGACCCACUUCACUUCUGUUGGAGAAACUGGAGACAGAAGAGUUAAAAAUCUUUUAGCUUAAAAAAAAAAAAUCUUUUAGCUUUUAAGAUCAAACAAAAAAGAAAGACACCAAAGAUCGGGGCGACACAAACACCAAGUCUCUUAUGGCUGUUUUGUUUUGCUUUAUGUUUUGAAUAAAAAAUAUUGGCAGUC